CGUACUUCCUGGCUCCAGGGGUGCGGCUUUGUGAGUUUGUGAGUGCUAAACUGUUAGCAACUGCUAGCCAGCUAACGUUACAGUUCUAAAAGGGGGUAUUUCAGAAGUGCGAAUUAUGAAAUUAAAGCAGAAAUUAUUUACGACUCUGUAGCUAAGACCUGGUGGUUGCAGAUCGUAGCGGUAGAGGGUGGCGGGGAUGCUGCUUUGCAAUGGGAAACAUUUUCGGCAGAAAGAGACGCCCCACUCGAGUGACGGAGCAGGACAGAGCCGUUCUUCAACUGAAACAGCAGCGAGACAAACUUAAACAGUACCAGAAGAGAAUCAGCUUACAGCUGGACAAGGAGCGGCUACUGGCCAAACAACUGCUUAAGAAUGGAAAGAAAGAGAAGGCCCUGCUUCUGCUCAAGAAGAAGCGGUACCAGGACCAGCUGCUGGAGAAAACGGAGAACCAGAUUAGCAACCUGGAGCGCAUGGUUCAGGACAUUGAGUUUGCCCAGAUCGAGACGAAGGUUAUCGAAGGACUGAAGGUUGGAAACGACUGCCUAAAGAAGAUGCACGAGGCCAUGUCCAUCGAAGAAGUGGAGAGGAUCAUGGAUGAGACCCAGGAUGCCGUCGAUUACCAGAGGCAAAUUGACGACAUGCUGGCGGGCUCCCUGACACAAGAGGAUGAGGACGCUGUGCUGGCAGAGCUUGAGGCAAUCACAGAGGCGGAGGAGGUGGAGCUCCCGGAGGUGCCAGCCGAGUCUCUGCCCGAGGUGCCCGAGGAGGAGCCCGAGGCGGAGCCAGAGCCAGAGCCAGAGAGAGGAGCGAAGAAGAAGCCGGAGAGAGAGAUGCUGGCUGUGUAAUAAUACCUCCACACGCCCCCCCCCGGCAGCCCCACGCUGUCCACGCUCACCCGCCGCUGACUCACCCCCGCACCCCCACACAACUAUCACUGAUCCAGGAACAGCCUGAGAGGGGCUCCACACAGACAUGCGCAUUCAUACAUGCUCGCUCUGGUGCGCACGAACGCACACAGACACACACACACACACACACACACACCACAGGCGCGCACGCACACACCUCAGCCGUGUUUCUGAGGAGUAAGCUGUUCUGUCAGCGGUUUGACACUUCCAUAAUGAAUUACUGUUUUGUUUAUUAUUAGGGGACAUGGUUAACUACUAUUGAAUUUACAUGAGUAUAAACACGCAGACACAUUUGGGAAUGAUUAAUCUUUUUUUUUUUUUUUUUUUUUUUCAAAUCAGUUGUACUGAUCUGAUUGCUGAUUGGGCCAGUUUUUUUGGGACGGUCUCUUCUGUAGAUGUGAUUAACACACCAUCUAACUGUUGGACCACCUCAGGGCAGCGGUCACUCCCACUGACCGUUCUGCCCUCCCAGACGACCGUGCUGGUUAGAGAGGCCAGCUUUGGAGGGGGGCCGGCAGCCGGCACUUCCCCUCUGUAGAUCCAGUCCAGCUUCCCUGAGGCCCUGACCCGGAAGUUAUUUCCAGGUGAUACGUUUCAGGCCAGUCUGAUUUCAUUAACGAGUACAGACGACUUCCUGUAGAGCAGAAUCCAAACACACAUGAAAGCCGUGACACUAGGGGUAGUUACACACACCCGCUCGCUGACACACACACACACACUGAAUGAGCAGCUCCACUCGUGCACAGAGUAGAUUUCGUUUUGCAGCGUACAUGCCAAAAAGUCAUUAAAAAGUAGUGACGGAACAGUCGGCUCCAUUAAACCGAAAUUUGAGCUGGCUACCACCCACCGCGCGAGUUGCGAUUUGCUGCCGAGUGAAGACGAUGUUGAUUGGCUCAAAUGCUGUAAGUGAAUGAUUGACAGCUCAGUGUAACUCCACUAUGGUAUCCAUGAAGCCUCAGUCCCGUCACUGCUCAGACGAUAGAUGUAGCCCUGAGCUCUGAAGUGCACCUGCUCAGCUGUCUAUAAAGGUCUGACUAAAUCAGUUUUCCCAUCGGUAAGCAAAUAAACCCCAGCAACUUUAUCAUGUUCAGGUUUAGCUAAAGAGUUGCUUUCUGAGAAGGACACACACACUGUUCAUGCUGUCAUUUGUAUUUUUUCCAUUUGGUUUUUUUUUUUCUCUUCUGUUUACCAGGCAGGUUAGUCGAAGGUUUUGACUUUGCUCCAGUCUUAAUAAUUUUUAAAUAACGCCCAGACUUGACUCUGUAUUAUUUAUUAAACACGGUGACACCUGACAUGUAAAGAAGCUUCUGGAACAUAUCGGGGGUGCAGCCUGGUUCUGGAGGCGCACUGCAUACAUACGACCUCUGUUUAACCUACCCAUAACACACUUCAUUCUCCAGUUUUUUUAUACCACUUUUCUUAAAGAAUGUUGCGCAUUCAACCUUUGUUCAAAAUAAGUAUAAACCCUUGUAUAAUUUUUACUCCCUUGCACUUGUGUUAGUGUUUCUAAGUGAAUCUUUGAGGGAUGCAUGCAAGCGUUGUACUAAUCCAUGCCAUACUAAAUUAUACUCGUAGAUUAUUCUUUAAUCACCACCUGUUAAUUAUCUGCAUAGGUUCUGCAGAUUGGACUACAAUAAAAUUAUUUUUUUAAAUCGAACAUAUGAACAAAACGUAUCGUAGUUAUCGAGUCGAGGGCAGUUUCUAGUGACGGGAUUGUCUCCUUUUCCCUUAUUCGCAAAACAUGGGCGAUCUGGGCACUUGUGAUUGUAUGCCUGUCAAAUCGGACCUUACUCAGUCAUAAGUGAUUUUAUCUGACGGGCCAAGAAAUAUGUACGGACAAAAUCCAUCUGUAGCCGACUCCACUGAACCCGUCGUAAAACUUGCCCUUUUAAAAUCAUGACGCUUAAUUUUUACAGUGUCCCUCCAAUCAGCUGUUCACAUUAUGACAGCAAAACACCUUCCUUGGUUUAUUUACAAACAAGAGCUUAACGACUUAAAAAGUACUGUCAAACUGUGACUCCAGGACGAAAGUGUCUCUGGAAACAUGCUGUAAGUGGUAUGGCAAACCGAUACACUCUUGGUGGUUGACAUUUUAUCUCCAUUUUUUCUUGUUUUGGUAUUCUGCGACAAUAAAAAUGAUUUUUAAUUGUU